CAAGUACGCACCAUACCUCUCCUGUAAGCUUCAGUUCAGCAGAUAAGGUAAUCUCAAAGCUCGUCGUGUUUUCGCAUCAAUGGCCAUGGCCAUGGCUGAGGCUUCAAGAAUCACGUUACACUCCACUCUCCUCCCUUUUUUUACCCCCAAAACCCACGUUGGUCACCGCCACUUAAGCCUCUCGUCAUCACGCAAGCACCAAGUCCAGUGCUCGGUGUCUGCAGGCGCGGCGGCUCAGACGAACCCAGUGGCUUGGGGCUGCGAGAUUGACUCGCUGGAGAACUCUUCGGCUCUGCAGAGAUGGCUGUCGGAGUCGGGGCUUCCGCCGCAGAAGAUGGGAAUAGAGAGAGUGGAGGUGGGAGAGAGAGGGCUGGUUGCUUUGAAGAACAUUAGGAAAGGGGAGAAACUACUCUUUGUGCCUCCCUCACUUGUCAUUACUCCAGAUUCUGAGUGGAGCUGCCCCGAAGCUGGUGAAGUAUUGAAAAGGAAUUCAGUGCCAGAUUGGCCUUUGCUUGCAACUUACCUCAUAAGUGAAGCUAGCCUCAUGGAAUCUUCAAGAUGGAGCAAUUAUAUAUCAGCCUUACCUCGUCAACCUUACUCACUUCUUUACUGGACGCAAGCAGAACUAGAUCGCUACUUGGAAGCUUCACAAAUUAGGGAGAGAGCGAUUGAAAGGAUUAAUAAUGUUAUUGGAACAUACAAUGAUUUGAGGCUCAGAAUAUUUUCCAAAUACCCUGAUUUAUUCCCUGAUGAGGUGUUCAACAUAGAGUCCUUCAAAUGGUCAUUUGGUAUUCUUUUCUCCCGCUUGGUUCGGUUACCCUCAAUGGGUGGAAAUGUUGCCUUGGUUCCUUGGGCUGAUAUGCUGAAUCAUAGUUGUGAUGUGGAGACAUUUUUGGAUUAUGAUAAGACAUCAAAGGGAAUUGUCUUCACGACAGAUCGGCCCUAUCAACCAGGUGAGCAGGUAUUUAUUUCAUAUGGAAAAAAAUCAAAUGGGGAGCUUUUGUUAUCUUAUGGAUUUGUUCCAAAGGAAGGCGCUAAUCCUAGUGAUUCAGUUGAGUUGUCACUGUCACUGAAGAAAUCUGAUGCGUCCUAUAAGGAGAAGUUAGAGCUGUUGAAGAAUUAUGGAUUAUCAGCAUCUCAGUGUUUUCCUAUACAGAUUACUGGUUGGCCUUUGGAAUUAAUGGCUUAUGCUUAUUUAGCUGUUAGUCCUUCAAGCAUGAGAGGAGAUUUUGAAGAGAUGGCUGCUGCAGCAUCAAAUAAUACCACCUCCAAGAAGGAUUUGAGAUAUCCUGAAAUAGAGGAGCAAGCAUUGCAAUUCAUACUAGAUAGUUGUGAAUCCAGCAUAUCAAAAUACAACAAGUUCUUACAGGCAAGUGGAUCACUGGAUCUGGAUGUGACUUCUCCUAAACAACUCAACCGAAGGCUCUUUCUGAAACAGCUAGCUGUGGACUUGUGUACUAGUGAGCGAAGGAUAUUAUUUCGUGCUCAAUACAUACUGCGAAGAAAACUGAGGGACAUGAGGGCUGGUGAAUUAAGGGCCCUAAAAAUAUUCAACGGUUUCCGGAAUCUUUUCCAAUGAGGCCAUUCACUGGUGCAUUAUUUUCUGCCCUGGUUUGCCCUUGGUUGUUUUGAAAAAACCUAUCUCACCCUUGAGCAUCAUGAACUUUGUUCAAUGGUACCACCUAAUUGUGGGAAACAGGUCCAGUCUUCAGUUUUUAUUGAUCAAUAUAGAAGAAGCAAGAUAAGAAAUAGAAAAGGUAAGGAAUGAUUGUAAUAUAGGCUUGCUAUGUAUUUAUUGAUCCAAAUAAAUUUUUCUUUUCCUAUGUUAAAUUAUCGAUGAAAAAAUCUUCUUUGGAUCUUCU